AUGUCGGAAGAACGCCUUUGGAAAUUCAGAAAGCCGGAAUGGAUGAAUAGUGCCACGGCGAAGGGGGCUGGUGUAUAUGCUGCGGGAGCUCUGUUCUCUCUCUCAUUCUUCAUCCUUCUCGAUGCGGCUCUUUGGUCCAAGUCGGCCCUCAAUGGGUCUGAUCCCCCAAUUCACAUCACAUUUAUCGAUUGGCUCCCACUCAUCUUCUCUUCUCUCGGAAUGCUCAUUAUCAACUCAAUCGAAAAGUCCCGACUCUCCGCGGACUCCUUCUCUUACAGUGGAAGUGGUGUCGCUUGGAAAGCAAGAGUAGUUCUAUUCUUAGGGUUUGCUAGUUUGGCUGGAGGAUUGGCUGGAGGUAUCACCGUGCUGGUUUUGAAGUAUGUAGUGCCUGGUGCACAAUGGCCUACUUUGGGAAUGGGCGUUGCAAAUGUAGGAGCAAAUGCUGGGGUUAUGUUGAGUUCGGUGGUCCUUUGGAUCUCGCAAAAUAUUGAGGACGAGUAUUCCUAUAACCUCGCCCUUUAA